ACUGCAAGUUUGAGUUAACUAAAGAAUAUUUACAGAAGAGAAAAUUCGAAAUAUAAAGGGUCAUGUUGCCUGACAAUAAUAUGUUUCUCGCUGGUUUAUGAAACCUUGGUCUCAGAUCUGCAGGAUAUCCUACAAUCAGAUGCCAGGAAUAAUCAGCAGGAAUGAGUGUCUUUGACAGUCUUUUUCGAAACCUCAUCCUCACAAGUCAAUUUGUGAAAGGUUGGGGACAGCCAAGUCACUUAAAAAGGCUGUUGGAUUUGAGGAAAGUCCUCUCAGUCCGGGAUGCAGCUUACACUCUUGUCGACAAAAAUCACCAAGUGGACAUUUUGCAUGAGAAGGUAGAAGGAAAUGUUCGAGUGUUAGAGGGGGAGUUCCACUCCCCAUGGGACAAAAUCAUUCCAGGGGUGAUGCCCAGUGUUGUCAAAAAGUCCAGGUUUCAGAUGAUAAUCCCCAACAGGUGGCAGGGCCCGUCUCGACCAGUGUGUAUUCACCAUGGAGGAACCGGUGACCAUGGAUACCUUAUUCGUAGAAGACUUAUGGCAGAGCCAUUGUUAAAUGACCAUGGCAUUGGGUCGAUCAUUAUUGAGAGUCCUUUCUAUGGUUCAAGGAAACCAAAAGACCAAUUCCGCUCCAGUCUUCAGAAUGUGAGUGACCUAAUUGUGAUGGGCGGGGCACUGAUGUUUGAGACGGUGGUGCUACUUCACUGGUGUGAGGAGCAGGGAUGGGGACCAUUCUGCCUGACAGGAAUCUCUAUGGGGGGAUUUAUGUCUUCUCUGGCUGCCACCAUUUGGCCCAAACCGAUUGGACUGGUUCCCUGUCUAGCUGGUGUUACGGCCUCCCCAGUGUAUACUAGGGGUAUUCUUACUAAAGCUGUGAGAUGGGAUGUGUUGAAGAACAGUUAUUAUGAAGACAAGGAGUAUGAGCAUGAAAUCAGAAAGAAGCUGGAUUCUCCAGAGAAAAGGACUGGCAGAUUUUCUAAAGACUAUAGUAUACAAGACUAUCACAGUGAUGUGGAGCGUGCCCUUCAGCGAAUCAGAGAGGCGGGGUCACAGGUUGACGGCAUCGGAACGGCCAUCCGACAGCUGAGGACCGUCAACGACUGGAAGGCCAAGUCAUUCUCUCCUACCUCCAAUAACUUAUCCUUGCUCAAAAAUGACAAAUCUCAACAGCUUAAGUCGUUGGAUGCCGAAAUAAUGGACUUCAUGUUUGAAAUGAUGGAUGAGUUUACUCAUCUCGGAAAUUAUUCUGUACCGGUGGAUACCUCCAUGAUCUUAUCUGUUGUGGCUGAGGAAGAUGCAUAUGUUCCCCGUGAUAAUGUGAUAAGACUGCAGGACUUGUGGCCAGGUUCAAAGGUGAAGGUCAUUCCUGGAGGACAUGUGUUGUCAAUAGUUAACAACAGGCAAUUAUUUAGGGAUUGUAUAGCUGAAUGUCUAGCGAAGUUCAAUACUGAGAUUGUCUGAUGAUGUGACAGAAUUCCAGGAUCGUUAUCAGUAUUUAUUAAUCAACCAACAAUGCAAAAGUGCCUGAAUAUUUUCUAGAAAUUGUUUUGAUAUGAUUUACACAGACAAUAUUGUGAUUUACAAUUUAUACAUGAUUUUAAGAAAUAAAAGAUAACUUGUACAGGCAGAACUUUUUAAAAAUCCUUUGUGUGUAAUGUAUAAUGGUUAUUUAU